ACACCGCGCUUUAGUUUAAAAAUGUACUGCUAUUCCGGAAUUUGAAGAACCUGGAGCGGAACAAAGCGAAGCAAGAGAUUGGUCAGGUGACUCAUCGUCACAUGACACAGAUGGAGCGCUAACUUCACUAUUCCACCAGUGGACGUUUUGCGGCAGUUGAAAUCUGGUCAUCUAAUUUGGAGAAAUGCCACCUCAAAUGGAGUACAAUUACGAAGAGACCAGGAUUCCGUCCGUGUGCAUUACCCAUGAGAAAACUCAGGAGCCGGCUAUCAACUGUAUGUUGGUAGGAGAUGGCGCUGUGGGAAAGACCAGUAUGAUUGUUAGCUAUACUACCAAUGGAUAUCCCGCGGAGUAUAAACAGACUGCCUUUGACGUAUUCUCUGGGCUGGUUCAAGUGGAUGGGACACCAGUACGCAUCCAGUUGAUGGACACUGCAGGACAGGAGGUGUUUGAUGAAUUCCGCUCCCUGUGUUACGCACAGACAGACGUCUUCCUCCUCUGCUUCAGUGUUGUCGACCCCACAUCCUUCCAGAACAUCACAAAGAAAUGGAUCCCAGAAAUUCGGGCACACAAUCCAAACUCUCCCAUAAUCCUUGUUGGGACACAGUCUGACCUCCGGCAUGAUGUCAACGUACUCAUCAACCUGGACAAUUUCAAGGUCAAGCCAAUCCUGAAUUCGCGAGCCCGUGGACUGGCAGAGAAGAUCCGUGCACAGGAUUACGUGGAGUGCUCUGCGCUAACACAAAAGAACCUGAAAGAGGCAUUUGACAUGGCUAUCUUUGCUGGCAUCAAGCACAAGGCCCGAAAGUCAAGGAAGCUGAAGUUUUCAGACCGUGCAAGGACUCUUUCCAAGUGUGGCUGGAAGAAGUUUUUCUGCUUUGUCUGACCAGGCAGGCAAUUACUAAAAACUAUAUUUAUUAAUUUAUUCUUACUUGAACAUUUGAGCCUCCCUGAUGGAUAUGCUGCCCUCCUGAAGAGGGUUCUUGGUGAAGGACAGAAUUAAUGGCUGGAGACAUUCUGUGGUUUCUUGCUGAAUGGAUUCAGUUAAUCAGGGAAUUUCUGAAUGAAGGGGGCCAAGUGUACUUCCUUGCAGUUUGAUUGUGAUGUUAUUUAAGAUUGAAGUGGAUUAUGAAUUUUGGGUUUGGCGAUUGGCAAAUUUUAAUGAGAGCUCCUGGGAAUAUUACAUCAAAAACAAAAUCAGGGUCUUCAUUUUAAAAUUGACAGGCGUUUCCUCUGUGAAUCUGAUUUUGAAUCUUAACUUUCUGAAGGGUAACUUGUAAAGGGCAUAAAAAAUUUAAACUCCUUGUUAAAAUAACAUGAGUCUGCCAAUACUAAACGUAUCCCACUUUAGAAUGGCAUGUGAAAAUUCACUGCCCGUUUGUCCAUUCUCCAAAAGAAGAAGCAAUUCGUGCCAGAACUAUUAGCCAUUUCACAGGGUUCUGUCUUGUGUAGUUGCACCAAGUUUUUAUUAAGCAAAAGUACAAGCUAGAGACACAGGAUUGUGGUAGAUGUCAUUUUUUGUGUAUGUGUGAAUGACUACCCUGAAGUGGCCACACAUUGACCUGCAGGCAUUGUAUUCGAUCAGAGACUGUCUGUCAGUCACAUUUGUCCUUAUCUGCAAUGUGCAGUUUCUGCUGUUCCAAAUUAAAUGUCCCCAGAACAG